CACACCCACACUCACGUCAUGUGACUUCUGAGAAUACCGAAACCAGGCCCCACCCUGGGCAGCCACACUGAACCCGCUGCAGGCCACGGGCCGGCUCCUGCUGCCGAAGAACCUCAGGUUCCGGGAUUACCUCCACAUCACCUGGGCAGGCGCCAGCUCAACCAUGGUCCUCCGACAGCUCCUCUGGGCAUGGCUGCUGCUCUCGGGAACGCACGGCCUGGACAACGGUGACAUGAGGCUGGUAGGCGGGAGUUCAUCCAGCGAGGGCCGAGUGGAAAUCUUCUACAGAGGCCAGUGGGGGACAGUGUGUGACCACCGCUGGGACCUCAUCGACGCCAGUGUGGUCUGCCGUGCCCUGGGCUUCAGGAAUGCCACCCAGGCGCUGGGCAAGGCCACCUUCGGGUCAGGAUGGGGCCCCAUCAUGCUGGAUGAAGUGGAGUGCACAGGGACCGAGUCUUCGCUGGCCCACUGCAGGUCCCUCGGCUGGCUGCGCACAGACUGCAGCCACAAGGAGGAUGCCGGCGUGGUCUGCACCAACGAAACCGGAGCCGACUCAGCCAUCCACACCCUCGACCUAUCCCGCGAGCUCUCGGAGGCGCUGGGUGGGGUCUUCGACAGCCAGCAGGGCUGUGACCUGUUCAUCAGCGUGCAGGCCAGUGGUGCGGAGGCCCUGAGCCUGUGUGCCCACACGCUGAUCCUCUCCAGCAACCCCGAGGCCCAGACCCUGCUGAAGGACCCGAGCAGCAGCAUCAUCAUAGAGGUGGACACGGAGUGCCUGCCUGUUGUCUCGGACUUCGUCAGGUACCUCUACUCACGCCAGCUGGCCGUGGCCCCGUCGUCCGUGAAGUGCUUCCACCAACUGGCCUCCUCCUACGGGGCCGAGCGGCUACAGGACUACUGCUCGCGCCUCUUUGCUAUCCUCCUGCCCCAGGACCCCACCUUCCAGACGGCCCUGGACCUGCACACCUAUGCCCUGGCCACCAGGGACACCCUGCUGGAGGGGCUCUGCGCGCAGUUCCUGGCCUGGAACUUCGAGGCACUGAGCCAGGUGGCCGCCUGGCCCCACGUGCCUGCCGCCCUGCUCCGCACAUUGCUGUCCAGGAGCGAGCUGGCCGUGUCCAGCGAGCUGGCCCUGCUCAAGGCUGUGGACGCUUGGGCUCGCAAGAGCCUGGCCCCCCCAGCGGUGGUGACCAGCCUCCUGGAGGAGGUCCGCUUCCCCAUGAUCCUGCCCGCUGACCUCUUUGAGCUGCAGUACAAUGUGUCCCUGCUCCACGGGCACGAAGCACUGUUGCAGUCCAAGAUGCGGCAGGCCCUGGAGUUCCACACCGUGCCGCCGCAGCUGCUGGGCCGCUACUGGGGGCUGAACCUCACCCAGGACGCCUACCAGCCUCGGCUCUACACAGGGUCCACCUGGAGCACCUCCAUCUCGGCGAGCCCUCGGGGCUCCUUCAGAGAGGACUCCGGCUACUACAAGCGCACCUACUACCAGUCUUACACCCCCCAGCCUUAUGGCUACCAGUCCUACCCAUACCGGUCAUUCCGCACCCCCCAGCACCCCAGCUUCCUCUUCCAGUCCACGUCCCUCUCCUGGACCCUCUACCACCUGCCCAACAUGCAGAGCUGCUGGAACUACGGCUUCUCCUGCACCUCCGACGAGCUCCCCGCCCUGGGCCUGACCAGGUCCAGCUACCCGGACGCCGCCAUCGGCUUCGAGAACAAAGCCCUGAUGCUCUGCCAGGGGGGCUUCGUGGUCCACGUGGCCGACUUCAGCGGCAAGAUGGCCCCUAUCCCCAGCGCGCUGAGCGGUGGCAACGGCUCUGCCAACGCGUCCCUCUUCCCCUGCCCGUCGGGCACCUUCAGCAGCUUCCAGGUGGUCAUACGGCCCUUCUACCUGACGAACUCCUCCCUGGACUUCUAGAUAGUCUGGCCAGGACCUGCCUGCGGCAAUCCCCUUAGCCGCCACCAGGCGUCUCCCCUGCCCACGCUCGUCCCCAGCCCAUGGAAACUUCCCGAAGCGGCCACGGCCCUCCCCUCUCUGCAGGCUGCAGGGCAGCAGGCCCUGGGCACCUCGUCCUCCUCUGAGCCCUUGCCUUCGACCAUUACAGCUGUCCCACGAGUCUCGUC